AGUCCACUCUCAGAAAUAUCUCAAGCAAAUCCUUUGCCUCUAUAACCUCCCUCCCAAACCCUAAUUCAGUUUUCCCUUUGCUCUUUUCAAUGGCUGAUGUUGAAUACCGGUGCUUCGUCGGAGGUCUUGCAUGGGCCACCGACAACGAAGCUCUCGAGAAAGCCUUCUCUCAAUACGGCGAGAUCGUUGAUUCCAAGAUCAUUAACGAUCGUGAAACUGGACGAUCAAGAGGUUUUGGAUUUGUGACAUUCGCUAACGAGAAAUCCAUGAACGAUGCCAUUGAAGCAAUGAACGGUCAGGAUUUGGACGGACGUAACAUCACUGUGAACCAAGCUCAGAGCCGUGGUAGCGGUGGAGGUGGAGGAGGAGGCCGUGGUGGCGGUGGUUAUGGAGGUGGUGGCGGUGGAUAUGGUGGAGAACGUCGUGGUUACGGUGGAGGUGGUGGAUACGGAGGAGGAGGUGGUGGUGGAUAUGGAGAACGCCGUGGUGGAGGCGGUGGCUACAGCAGAGGAGGUGGUGGUGGAGGAUAUGGUGGUGGUGGAUACAGCAGAGGUGGAGGUGAUGGUGGUUAUUAGGUUUUAGAUUUGUCGUUUAUGAUUAUUAUACUAGAUGUUGGGAUCUAGCUCUGAAAUUCUGUUUUUGUCACUGUUCUGUUAUGGCUUCGUUUUGAUGUGUCUUUUAUUGGUGUAUCUCUGAAUUUGAUUGUGUAUAACGAUCAAUUUAAAGAAGAAAAAAAAAACUGAGAUAUUAGUUGCACCAUA